CGCCGGUUCGAUCUUCGAUCGCGUCGAAUGAACGUCGCUGUAACCGGUACUCCGGACUCCACGGACUCUCGGUAAUCGCGUCGUUUGAUUUGAACGAUUCGCGCGAUUUGGGGUGUGAAGACGUGAAGUUAGCAGGGGUUUAUAGCGUCGCGUCGUUGCACAGAUUGCGCGUCACUUCGCCGUGUUCCCCGGCUAGCGAAGCAGCAGACGGUCGUUUGUGAACAUUUGCUAAUGGAUACGCGAUAUCGUUCGAUACGUGACGUGUUCGCGGUAUUUCGUCCCGUUGAAGCCUAAACUGACUUGAGCUCGACGAUAUCGAAUCGACGACCGAUUACUUUGACAGUAUCAGAUAUCCUCCAUGGAAGAGCCAAAAGUGAUAAUGGAUUCCAAUGACGAUCCAGUAGAUGAUCCAGUAUCUUCGGAGGAUAUUAAUAUUGUAUUUCAACCAGAAAUUGUGAGCAACUCCGAGAAUAAAAAAAAAAGUACUGAAAGUUGUAUUAAAAAAGUUGUAGAAAAUGAGUCUGAACUAUCACAGUACGAUAAAGAAAUUUUAAAAGUGCUUGAUGAAACAAAAAAAUUAAUUAAAGAAACUACAAUAGCCUAUGAGAAAGACUCGUUUAUAUCAAAUAUAGAAGUGAACGAUUCUAAUACAUGUUCAGAAACCGUUGAGGAAUACAAUACAGAAAUUGAAGCAGCAGUUGAAGCAUCUGAAAAUGGCAGUGAGGCUGUAAUGAUCGAAGAGCUUAACGCAAUCGAAACAACUGAAGAAAAUAAUACAGUCGAAACAUUCGAAGAAAAUGACGAAAUCGAAAUAACCGAAGAUAAUAACGCAGUCGAAACAACCGAAGAGAAUAACGCAGUUGAAAUAACCGAAGAGAAUAACGCAGUCGAAACAGUCGAAGAGAAUAACGCAGUCGAAACAAUCGAAGAAAAUAACGUAGUCGAAACAAUCGAAGAGAAUAACGCAAUCGAAACAACCGAGGAGAAUAACGCAGUCGAAACAACUGAAAAGAAUAACACAGUUGAAACAACUGAAGAGAAUAACGCAAUCGAAACAAUCGAAGAGAAUAACGCAGUCGAAACAAUUGAAGAAAGUAACGUAGUUGAAACAAUCGGAAAGACUAAUGCAUUUGAAACAGUCGAAGAGAUUAACGCACUUGAAACAAUCGGAGAGAAUAACGCAGUCGAAACAAUUGCAGAGAAUACUGCAGUUGAAAGUUCCUGCAAAGAAAACGAAUCGAUUCAUGUAGCUGCGGAAAUGACAGAACUAGAUAUAUCCAAUUUAACCGACAUAUGUGACCCAGAGAUUUCAUUAGCUCUUAAUGACUCUUGCAAAGUUCAAGAUGAUACUAUAAAUGACAAUAGGACGUCUACUGAUGAUGUUGCAGACGAAUCUGAAACGUCAUCUAAAGAAAAUACUAAAGAUUGUGAUAUCCCAGAUGAAUCAAGUGAUAAUGCUGAUGACAUGCAAGUGUUACAAAUUGAAGCUGCAUUAGAGAAAAAAGUAGAAUCGGAAUCUUCAGACAGUAAUUUAGAAAAUUCCGAAAAGGAUGUGUCUGAGAAGAACAUUGAGCCCGAAAACACAGAGUUUAUACAAUUUCCUCAUGACAAACAGGACGAUUCUCAGAUUGAAGGCCAAUCUAUAGACGCGGAGGAUCCAUUUGGCGGUGACAAUCUUAUAUCCGAAAACGUGGAACAGGUGGAAACCGACAGCCUCGAGAACGGGCUCAGCUUUAAAAAGAUAUACGAGCAAGGUAAUAAUUUGCAAGACGCGGUAAAUGCUAGAAAUAAUGAUUGUAAUGAGAAGCUUAGUACCGAUUCUGCGUUAAACGAUCCAAAGGAUGCCGAUGAUAGUAUCGAUAAAGAUGUGGAUAAUAUUGCUGAAACGUCAAAUAAUGUACAAACAACCAUUGAUACUCUCGAAAAUACUUCAAUGGACAUUGAUCUUCCGGAUACCAGUACGUCGGAAAUAGGAGCAGGAAAUAUGUCCUCCACGAAAUCACACGAUGAACAAGAUGAGCAGGCAAAAAAAAAUAUCGAAGAAAUUACACCGAUGGAAACAGACGAAGAGCAGACCGAUGUAUUGCCAGGACAAGAUGAUGAAUUAUGUAUCAUUCCAGAUAGCAUGAAAGUAAUAAUACCAAAUAAGUCUGGUAAAACAAUAGACGACAAUCAAAGCGAAUCUGUAGUUGCUAAAGAUUCAGAAUACGAGGAAACAACACAGAAAAGUAGCAAAUCUAAUUCCGAGCUUCAGAAAAAUAUUUCACAAAAAGAAUUAGUAACUCCAAAUGAAAAUAAAGCAGAAAGUACUGUAAAGCAGAAAGCAACUAUUCCAGAUAAGUCAGCAACAAAAGAUUUAAUUCCAGCAACGGAUGUUAUUAAUAUUGAUGACGAAAAAACUUCAGAGGUGGAAGAGAUUAGUAAAGAGGUAUGUAAGCAGUGUGGUGAAGAAAGAGCGUGCAAAAUUCAGGUGAAAUUUGGUACAGAAAAUCAUCUUGUAUGUUCGAAAACGUGUAAAGCAUUAUUUAAAGCAGCUAAUAGUAAAGUAAUUAAUAUAUUAACCGAUGAUACCAGUUCUAAACGAGAGAAGCGUUGUGCAUCUUGCUUACUAAUUAUAGAUGCAAAGGACGAGCGAAAUCUUUCUUGGGAAACAAUGGAGUUCUGUAAUGAGGAAUGUUUAGGAAAGUUCCAAAGGAAGUAUGGAAGUUACUGUAAAAAUUGUAACGGUACAGUUCAAGCUGUGAGUUUAGGGAAAUACUGUGUGAGAUUUGGAUGUGAUGUAAGGCAGUUUUGUUGCUCGACAUGUUUAGAAGAAUUCAAAAAGGGUUUAAAAGUAUGUAGUUAUUGUCAGAAAGACAUAAGUUUUAGCACAGACGGUUUUCUUGCGCCAGUCGGAGAGAAAGGACAGUUUAAAGAUUUUUGUACCCAGGACUGUAUGGAAAAAUAUUCGAAAUUAAAUUCUAUGGAGCCACCAGCUACAGAGAAAAAGCCAUGCAGCGUUUGUAAGGAGGAAAAGCUUGUACACUGUGAGGUUCAAAUAUACAAUAGCACUCCAGUAGCUAUAUGCAGCGAACCUUGCUUUGCUGCAUUUAAGUUUGUGAAACAAGUCAAACCUGAACAAUGCUCUACCUGCAAAAAAUUUUUUGAGUUACCUAAUAAGCAACAUUUUAUUGUGUUUUAUGAGAAUGAGCCUCAUACGUUUUGUAACAAGACGUGUUUAAAUAUAUUUAUUAUAACAAAUAGGAAAAUAGUUCCAUGUAAUUGGUGUAAAGUAAAGAAAUAUAACUUCGAUAUGAUUAAGAAGGAAUUAUCAAAAACGGGACAAACUCUGAUGAUGUGCAGCUUAAAUUGUUUAACAUUAUAUCAGGUUUCCAUCAAUGCAGUAUCUGCAAAACGAAUUAACUGUGAUUUAUGUAAAGAAUAUUCUUUAGCGCAUUAUCAUCUCACAAUGUCAGAUGCGACAAUACGUAAUUUUUGUUCGUACAAUUGCGUCAUGAAUUUUCAAGCACAAUACACUAAAUCCCCUAUAACUAUACCGUCGAGCGAUGAUCCCGUGCCUACAGGCUUGCCCAAGAGGACUACAUUACCACAAAGAAGUACGAAUCAAAUUAUUCCCAACGAGAUACAAAAUAAGAAAACUAUGCCCGUUAUCUCUUCCGUAACGAGCUUAGCUACGAUAGGGAAUGGAUCAACAAGUCCGACACCGCAGCAAAACAGUGUGGUAAUGUCUGCGAAUGCGAAUCAAACAACACAGAUGGUAUGCAAGCAACAAGUGAUUACCAGACCACCUAGUCCAGUGAAAGUGCAUAACAAGAGUAUACAGUGCAAGCCUAUAGUACAUACAAAAGGGGUUUAUGUGCGUCCUCAUCCUUGUACAAAGGCGACACAAACGACGGAAACCGUUCAACAGGUGGUCAUACCCAUACCAGUUCCAAUUUAUGUUCCAUUUCCAAUGCAUAUGUAUAGUAUGCCUUUCCCAGUUCCAAUGCCUUUUCCUCUGCCCAUUCCUGUUCCCCUAUUCAUACCUACUACGAGAAAUAGUGCUAAAGGAAUUAUGAAAGAUAUCAAGAAAAUACAAGAGAAAAUACCAGCUGAUCCGUAUGAAGCCGAACUCCUUAUGAUGGCCGAGAUGGUAGCUACCGGAAAAAAAAUCAACGACAGUGAUUCGGAUUCAGUAGGCGACAGGGAAGAUGACACAGCUGGUCAAGCCAAUUUACAUAGUGAUGGUUUCAGUCCAGAAGCAGUUGAUUCCAGUAAUGCCUUUGGAGAUGACAUGUUGCAAAUGGCGUUAAAAAUGGCCACGGGGGAAAUAGAUGAGCCGGCAGUCGAUUUGGAAGCUGCUUUGACUCCGAACACAAUUACAGCUACGCAGGCACCACCAGAAAACGCUUUGGACAACGAUGUACAAUCAGACCGAUUAAUGGUUGCUUCUAGAGGAAGGAAACGUGUUGUGCCAUACAAACCUCGAUCAUCACCAGCCAAACGGAUGAGACGCGUCUCUGGUACAAAUGAUGUGCCAUUGAUGCCACCGCCGGAAUCACAGCCACUCCCGCAACCACGAAUUAUGGAGCCGAUAGAAAAACCUGAUGCUAAUAUGGCAUUAAAAUAUACAUUUGGCGUAAAUGCAUGGAGGCAAUGGGUUCGUAACUGUUUCUAUUUACAUAACAACGAGACAGAAAUAUUACUAUGGAUGAUUUUAAAAAUAUACAGGUCGUGGGAAAGAAUGUUCAAAACAGAUCUGUUACAACUUACCGCGGACGAGUUAAAUUAUUCACUAUGCCUCUUUGUGAAAGAAGUGAGAAAACCGAAUGGUGCAGAAUAUGCUCCCGAUACAAUAUAUUAUCUUUGCUUAGGAAUACAGCAAUAUCUAUUUGAAAACCACAGGAUUGAUAACAUAUUCACGGAUCCGUACUAUGAGAAAUUUACAGAUUGCCUAAACGAGGUAGCGAAAAGGUUCUCUGUACUGUUCAACGAUGCACAAUAUAUCGUGACUAGGGUAGAAGAAGAACAUUUAUGGGAAUGCAAACAAUUAGGUGCCCAUUCUCCACAUGUUCUGUUAAGCACGCUCAUGUUCUUUAAUACGAAACAUUUUAAUCUUGUGACAGUAGAUGAGCAUAUGCAACUUUCUUUUUCUCAUAUUAUGAAGCAUUGGAAGCGUAAUCCAGCAGCUCAACCUCCCACGGCAGUGGCAGGAAAAGUUCCUGGCUCAAGAAACGUCCUUCUAAGAUUUUAUCCGCCACAAUCAGCUCUUGAAGCUAAUUCACGGAAAAAGAAGGUAUAUGAACAACAAGAAAAUGAGGAGAAUGCAUUAAAAUGCCCUGUUAAAUUAUACGAAUUCUACUUGUCGAAAUGUCCUGAAAGCGUUAAGACGAGAAAUGAUGUCUUCUAUCUAUUGCCAGAACGUAGUUGCGUCCCAGAUAGUCCGGUAUGGUACUCGACAUCGCCCCUCGCGAAGGAACAGCUCAUCAAAAUGUUACAUCGUAUUAAAAUGGUUAAAGAAAUUAAUGUAGCUUUACUAUCGAGUUAAUUUAAUCUAUUAAAAAAUGAUCUCUUAUAUAUUGUUAAGGCAGUAAGUAAAGAAAAGCAAAAGAAGGAAGACUUAUCUAUUUUAACACUUUGACAUUGUCCGAAAAUUAGAGUUCAACUCCGAACUCUGCAGUAUAUAUAUUUCAUUAAACGAUAUGUAUAUUGUAAAAAUGAAAUCUCUUAAAUGUUUUUCUUAAACACGUAUCAAUAUUUAACUUGUAUUCUUACAGAAAAAUAUUGUUCUUAACUUUCAUAAAAAUUCAUAUAUAAUGAAACGUUGCCAUAUAUGAUAAGAUGUUAGGUUUUUGCCUACUGAAAUGUAUGUACACAAAGUGUUAAAAUGGUGAACAGAAGAAUGAUGAUUAUAAAAAUCGGACAGUGCGAUAUAGAAAUAUAGGAUUAAUUGAGUUUUCCA